AUGUUUCUUGCCAGACCCCAUUUACCACAUACUUUACAACCCAGCCCUAUCAUGUAGUCUUCACUCACCUACAUUAUCAGUGUGUUUCAAGGUGUGUUUCGGAGGUUUCCUCGGCAGAGGAGAAGGGUGGACGUAAAUGGAGUUCCCUCUCACUCCAGCUCCUCGUGGAGCUGCAAGUGUGGAGGAACCAGAGGCCAUCCCUCCUGUUCGGUUGGGGUCAGUCAUUGAGGAAAUAGAGCCUGUAGAAAUAGAACAGCAUGAUGAUGACAAAAAGCAACCUGCAGAAACUACAGUUUGCCCGACCCCAUACUCAUAUGACAGUUCUUCAUCAUCCUCUGACAGUGAGUAUAAACGCAAGAUGGAAAAGAAGAAGAAGAAACUGAAGAAGAAGAGGAAAAAGAAAGAUUCCAGUUCCUCUUCCUCCUCCUCUUCCUCCUCUUCUUCCUCCUCCUCUUCCAGCAGCUCUUCAGACAGCGAGAGUGAGGAUGACAAGAAAAAGAAAAAGAAGAAGAAGAAGAAGAAAGUGGUGAAUGAGUACACGUGGGACCGGUUGAUCGUAGCACCAACUGACGAACAAAUGGGAGUUCCUGGGUACACGGAGUUAAAACAGGUUUCCAGUUUAUCCUAUGAUGACAAUGACGAAAAGGACAAGGAAGACAAGAAGACAAAGAGCAAGGACUCCGAUUCAUCUGACAGUGACAAGAAGAAGAAGAAGAAGAAGAAAAAGGACAAAAAGAAGAAGAAGAAGAAAGACAAGAAGCAUUCCUCAUCCUCUUCAUCUGACAGUUCUUCCUCUGAUAGUGAGGAUGAAAAGAAGAAGAAGAAGAAAAAGAAAAAGAAGAAGAAGAAGAAGAAGAAAAAGAAGGUGGAUUCCAGUUCCUCCUCAUCCUCAUCCUCAUCCUCAUCCUCAUCUUCUUCUUCCUCUUCCUCUUCCUCUUCCUCAUCCUCUGACAGUGAUGAUGACAAAAAAAAGAAGAAAAAGGAUAAAAAGAAAGACACAAAAAAGAAGGAUGCAAAAGAAUCACUGUCACCUGCAGGAGUUGAUAUUACUCAGAAAAAUGCUGUUGGAGACGCAGCCAAAGAUAAUGAUGAUGACAAGCAUAAAGCAGCAGAAGAUCCAUUUGCAGCCUACCAGUACUUACCAGGUGAGCCGGGCUACACCGAGGAGGGCCAUCUGAGUGACGAUGAGCGGGAGGGAGGGGAAGAGAACCAGAUGAAGAAGAAAAAGAAGCUGAAGAAGAAGAAGGAAAAGGAUUCUGGUUCAUCUUCGGACAGUGAUGAUGAAAAAGACAAGAAGAAGAAGAAAAAGAAAAAGAAGAAGAAGAAGAAGAAGGAUUCUUCCAGCUCCUCCUCUUCUUCAUCUUCUGACAGCUCUUCCUCAGAGAGUGAUGAUGAGAAGAAGAAGAAGAAGAAGAAGAAAAAGAAGAAGAAGAAGAAAAAGAAGGAUUCCAGUUCUUCGUCGUCGUCGUCAUCCUCCUCCUCCUCUGACAGUGAUGAUGACAAGAAGAAGAAGAAGAAAAAGAAAAAGAAGAAGAAGAAGAAAAAGAAGGAUUCCAGUUCUUCUUCGUCGUCAUCCUCCUCCUCCUCUGACAGUGAUGAUGACAAGAAGAAGAAAAAGAAAAAGAAGAAGAAGAAGAAGAAAAAGAAAAAGAAGGACUCCAGUUCUUCUUCUUCCUCUUCCUCAUCUGACAGUGAGGAUGAAAAGAAAAAGAAAAAGAAGAAGUUGAAGAAGAAGAAGAAAAAGAAGGACUCCAGUUCCUCCUCCUCCUCCUCCUCCUCUUCAUCUGACAGUGACGAUGGCAAGAAGAAAAAGAAGAAGAAGAAGAAGAAAAAGAAGAAGAAAGCCAGCUCCUCUGAUGAGAGCUCUUCUUCUUCAUCCUCCUCUUCCUCCUCUUCGGAUAGUGAGAGUGGCAAGAAAAAGAAGAAAAAGGAUAAAAAGAAGAAGAAAAAGGGGAAGAAAAAGAAGCAAUCAGAUCGUUCUGGUAGUGAUAAGAAGAAAAAGAAGAAGGACAAGAAGAAGAAAAAGAAGAAGGACAAGAAGAAGAAAAAGCAUUCAAGCUCCAGUUCAUCAAGUUCCAGUUCCUCCAGUGACAGUGACAAGGAAAACAAAAAGGUCAAGAAACAAAAGAAGAAAAAGGAGAAUAAAAGUCCUAUUGUCGGGCAAAGUGGUGAUCCACAAAUGCAAGUGUCUGACCCGGGUACGAGUGGAUACUCGGCCUUGAGCAGAAACUCCAAGCCCGGUGGUGCUCCCGUUAUCACAUUUCCAUUGCUUCCCUCCAAACCUGUUGUAAACCUGGAUCCUCUGAACCUUCCACCCACCUCACUCUCCAAUCCAGCAGUGACGACAACUGUUGAUGGAGCUCGGCCACCCGUUCGCAGACCCUUAAGCCCCAUGGAGUCAUUGAUGGGGAGUACCAGUACAUUUCGGUACAGGGAUCCAGGGGCCCGUUCCACCCAGCACCUCAGCUCUACUGGUCUAUACAGAAGCACUAGGUCUUACAAGUGAUGAGAUGUCCAAACUAUUCACAGAUGACGAUGUAUGAGGGGAAAUUGAAAAGUGCUUCAACGAUAUAUCACCCCAUGAGAGUCUGAUAAGACGUCUAAUACUGAAUCAAAGGAAACGUGUGUUUGCUGAGGAAUCCUUGUGCUGAAAAAAAGAUGAUUUGAUGGGGUUUGAUGUGAAAUAUAUAUGUAUGUAUAUAUAAUAUAUAUAUAUAUAUAUAUGGAUCAAAUCAAAUUAUUCAAUGUUUGCUUCAGGGAAUAAAACAACAAAAUUGUA